CUGCGUACGGCCGUGGACUCUCUACCGGCGGCGUCAUGCAGCGCAGUCAUUGUCUCUCUCACACUUCGGAACGAGGCGUCUCUCGGCACAUCCAGGCAGCUUUUACGCGGCACGGGCAGCGGCAGGCAGCGGUGUCUCCAGAUUUUCCCCUCGGGGCUUUCCUUUCCUUCUCUCUCCUACACGUCUCAUUGAACUUCCCAUUUGGAUCCGACAAUCCAGAGUAGUGCUUUAUGACUUGAUAGACAGAGUGAUAGUUACGCGUCUCUGGGGUCAGCUGUUGGAACGGCACCGAACCGAAGCGCACUGCAGUUGGUUUUGCCCCGGAGCGGACACGGAGCGUUCGGUGGAUACUAUGGAGUAUUUGGUGUUACGAGAGGACCGGAGUGCGGUUAAUUUUGGCCGAGAGUGACACACGACACGGGGGUGACUAGACGAUCAGCGGCUACGUCUCGCUGCUCCUCGCUGGAUCCCUGCAGGACUGGAUCCCAUGCAGCCGCCGAGGGAGAGCGGAGUGCCCGGAGCCGGAGCUGGAUGGACGGGUAUGGGGAGGAGAGGGAGCCCGUCGGCGCUGGAUGUGUGCAGGCUGCUGAUCGUGUUGCUCUGGCUCUGUCCCUCCGUGAGCCUUCAGUGCAAGAUCCUCAAGUGUAAUUCAGACUUCUGGGCAUCGACGGGUCAGUCGGGUACAGAGGAGGAGUUCUGUGUGGCUCUGCGGGCGUACAACAGCUGUGUGCGGCGUACAGCACGCACCUGUAGAGGGGACCUGGCCUAUCACUCAGCUCAGCACGGCAUCGAGGAUCUCCUGAUGCAACACAACUGCUCCAAAGAAGGCCCUACCACCCAGCCACGUGCCAGGACCCCUCAGGCCCCACCCCCUCAGGCCCCGCCCCCUCCUGACAGUCAGGAGCGCUCGGACGGGCCCGAGGUGUGCCACUACGAGCGCAGCCUGCCCCGCGGAGCUCCACCCCCCAACUACACCCACUGCGGCUUCUUUGGAGACCCCCACCUCCGUACCUUUGGAGAUGAGUUCCAGACCUGUAAGGUGGAGGGGGCCUGGCCUCUCAUCCACAACAAGUAUCUGUCUGUGCAAGUGACCAACACCCCCGUGGUGCCCGGCGCCAUGGCAACGGCCACCAGCAAGCUCACAAUCAUCUUCAAGAACUUCCAGGAGUGUGUGGAUCAAAAGACGUACCACGCUGAGACAGAUGAGCUGCCAGCUGCCUUCGCCGAUGGCUCUAAGAAUGGAGGCGAGCGGCACGGCGCCAACACUCUGCGCAUCGUGGAGAAGGCUCCUGGGGCACACGUGGAGAUCCAGGCACGCUACAUUGGCACCACCAUCGUGGUGCGCCAAGUGGGCCGCUACCUGACCUUUGCGGUACGCAUGCCUGAAGAGGUGGUCCACUCUGCGGAAGAGGGGGACUCCCAGGACCUGUACCUAUGUCUGCAUGGCUGUCCCGCCAAUCAGCGCAUCCACUUCAGCAGCACCCUACAGGCCACGGGCCGGAGCAGAGCACAGGGUUUUAGCUACCACACGGCCAAAGCCAAGUGCAAAGAGAGGCUGCCUGUAGAGGACCUGUACUUCCAAUCCUGUGUGUUCGACCUGCUCUCCUCUGGGGACAUCAACUUCACUAUGGCCGCCUUCUACGCCUUUGAGGACGUCAAGAUGCUGCACUCAAACAGUCAGCGCUACCACCUGUUUGAGGAGGACCUGAGGAGCAGGGCGGGCCCCGGGCUCGGCCCCAGAGAGGCCCCUAUCUCUCUGCUUCUUUUUGGCCUCAGUGCUCUGCUGCUCUGGGGCCUGUAGAUCUGCUCUGGUCUCUUUACAUGUGUGUGCUCUUCCAGUGUCAGGUCUGUGUCGUCUCCUUUAGUCACAUCAUCCCACGUGUAGGCAGACCAGCCCAGAGACCAGCCCCUGAGACCAGCCCAGGCUCAAGGCCUGAACUGAGGGCGUGGGACAGAGAGGAGACUGUGAGGGGCGGGGUCCGGCUGCGUGAGGGGCUAACAGGAGCAGACAGGAGCUUCAUCAGGAUGGAGAGUGCAGUGGUGAGAUGUGCAGCAGAGGUCAGCUGUGUGCUGGUGUAAACAGAUGGAAGCCCAUUCCUCUGGAGCAGGACCAGUGCUCCAGCGUCUCUGGUCUCACGACAGCAGUAGAGUGACAGCUGAUUGACAGUGGGCUGGCAGCACAUGGCUUUGUCAAACUGCACUGAAUCAAAUGUGUAAAAUGGUGGAUGGUGAAUGUAAUUUACAGAUUUCAUGUCUUGUGGCACAUUGGCAGAGCCUUGCCCUGCAGCAAGAAGGUCCCGGGUUCAUUUCCCCAGCCCAUGUGUUUGGGGCCUUUUUGUUGGCGUUUGCAUGUUCUCCUACCUUAAGACACGCACAGGGUAAAGCCUACAGCCAGGUCACCUCCAUGUACAGAAGGGCCCCGGUGAGAGGCAGAGGGGACACAAUGUACCUCUGCCCCAGUGGCAUCGGGCUCCAUCUUGUGUCAGUGGUGCUACUUGUUGAACAGGAGCUGGUGAAACAGUGUGAUGCAGUUUCAGGUCGUGUCACUUGUGUUUGAUUAGAUAUUUUUAGUCUGAAAUGUGAAUGUAGCAAACAGCAAAGGAACAAAGCAGGCCCACGUGUUUACACUGUCUGAGCCAAUCAGAACGAGUGCGGCCCCUCGGAGGGCUACGGCAUCAUCAUGAGGACAAAAUCAUAUUUGAGUCGAUCACUAACAUUUUCAGCUGAAUUAUAUUAAAGAAAACAUGCAAAGAUCUUUAUUUAUAAUUUAAACUGUCAAAAAUCUAAACAAAAAAAUCUCAACUAUGAAAAAAAAGUCUAAACCUGGAUCUAGAAGAAUAGGUGCACUGUGUAACUUUUCUGGUGGAUGGCCUCCCACCUGCUGGUUUCUAUGGAGACAUUACUGCUUUGUUUGAAAUAUUCCAUGUCGAUCAGAUUUAUGGAGAAGUGACCCCUCUCACUUUAAGAAUGCAUGAAUUUCAAGUCUUUUUUUGCCCAUAUAAACAAAUGCCCGUAAUUAAACACAGUGGUCCCUCAUUUAUCGGGGGGGGUUAUGUUAUUAUACAUGUUUUGCAGCUGUAAAACCCCUCACCACACACUUUAUACACUUUUCUCAGACAGGCAUUAACAUUUUCUCACAUUUCUCUCUUGUUUAAUUAAUUAAUAGUGACUCGUGUAUUUCUCAAUUCCUCAGACUGGACCUUUGUCCUGGUGCCGUUCUGCUGUAGUGUUUAGCCAAAUUUACAUAAAUGCUUGAUCAACGCGUUCUGUACUAUACAAGAGACACGGCACGAAGGAGAUUGAUUUACAAUGGUCUGCAGUCCCUUAUCAGGACGCAGAACACAAUGCACGUUCAUACACUGUAAAUAAAAAAAAAAACAUGUAAAAUUACACACAAAAAAAAUCUGUGAAACAGCGAGGCCGUGAAAGAUGAACCGUGAUAUAGCAAGGGACCACUGUAAAUAAAAGAUAAAAAGUGAAAUGCCAUUCGAGGUAAAGCAAUAACCACUGAGACGAGCAGAUGGCGAACAUUUUGCAAGAAAAGUUCCACUGUGUGACUUUUAAGUAAAUUCAUAUGGUUAAAGUUGCAUUUAGUUUGUUGUAUUGAGCAGUAUUGUGCAGGCUUGGUUCAUAGGUGCCUCCAGUGGUCAUUAUAAUUGAUAAAGAGCCAGCCUUGUGCCGCCAAUCUCGCAGCUCAGGGUCUCUUUGUGCUGAACUGUGCCCACAGCGCCCCCUGUAGGUCCCAAGCUUCCCCUGGCGCUCCAAAUACUAUAAGCCUCAGUCACUACAUUUACAUGCACAACAGGAAAACCUGAUAACUGGCUUAGUCCAGUUUAAACAGAUUUUUCCAAAUACUGUAAAGCUGAGAACUACAAUUGAGGUUUUGUAUUAUUGGGAUAUUUGAGAUUCAUCUACUACAUCUGGAGAAGUUGAUUCGUACUCUCAGAAACAGCCAGGAAAGUUUUACACAUGUGUUUGGACACAUCACUCAUUUUAGAUCAGCAGUGGUGACAAAACUACGGCCUCUCCACAGAGUGCAUGUGCAAUAUGUUAAAGUGAAAAUGAAAAUUGCUGAAGUGUCGAUGUAGGCUUUAUUUGUGCUGAAGAGAGCAAAUACAUUGUGAGGAAGACAGUAAAGUUAAUGAGAUAUCACAUAUGUAUUUCUGCACUAAGUGUGGUUAUAUGUUUCAAGGUCACAUUUUUAUAUAGCGCUUUUCCACCUCCAAGGCAUUCAAAGCACUUUACAUCAAGGAACUACUACCCAUUCACAGACAGUGUACACAGACACUAGGGGCGAUGUGAAUUAAGUGUCAAGUUUAUGUCAAGAGCGGGAUUUAAACCACUAACCCUCGGAUCAGUGGAUGAACGAUUUGUCAAACUGAGCUACUGUCACCCCAUAGUGUUUUUAUCAGUAACUGUAGCUGCAAAGUGCUAGUGCUAAUGCUAGAUUAUUAGACACACCUGAAUGUCUCGUGGCCCCUUGUUCGCACCUUGUCCGUUCUUUGACUUCUUUAGACUAGAACAAAAGUGGUCUGACAGGUUUGGGGCACUCAAGAGUUCUCUGUGCAUGUAAACGUAGUGAAUGAAACCUGUGCUCUUUCUGAGGACACACACAGUCCAGAAUGAGUCGAUCUGUGCCAGUCUCUCUUAUGAUGUUUAACCAGUGCUCUCUAUGGGACUGUAGUGUUACUCCAGUCAUCACAAUACGUCAUAGUUUGUAUGUAUUUGGACUGACCAAUAACCACUUCACUUGUGGUUGGUUUUGGGUGUGACUCUGAGCUUGCGCGCUCUCUGGUGGGCGCUCUCUGGUGGGCGCUCUCUGGUGGGCGCUCUCUGGUGGGCGCUCUCUGGUGGGCGCUCUCUGGUGGGCGCUCUCUGGUGGGCGCUCUCUGGUGGGCGCUCUCUGGUGGGCAACUGUACCACGGCUGCUGUUCGUGGUGUUGUGUGGUCAUUCUGCAGUAAAUGUGUGGUGUUUGUACUUCUGUUGUGACUUUUACUCUUGUGUUGUUUUGGUGAAUGUGAAACCUUUUCUUUUUAAAGGGAUUGUACAGAACCUGAUCCCCAGUGAGCCAGGUUCUUCAGACCCAAACAGAGGCUGGAUGUUUACUGUGAGUCCAGGUGUGUCAGAGGAGUGACAGAGGGGUGGGAGAACGCUGCUGCUGAUACUGGGGCUCAUGUUUUGAUUGAAGCACUUUAUGUUUUUUGGAGCUCUUUAUGAAUUAGUUUUGUGUCAAAUAAAAAAGGGAUGACAAUAAGAUGCCAGACAGAUGAACGUGUUUGUACAGUGACUCAUGCAGCUGUUUAUAAUGUCUGUUAUUUAUUGAAUAAAAGCAAAUGUCUUGUUCUCAA